UUAUCACAAGGUGUAUUUGCUAAAUGUGUUCACUUGCAACAAUGAUUUGGAUUAGAUCCACUUGUGUUCUCUCUUUCAUCUUGUUUUGUGCCCACAUAGCAGCUGUAUCUAUUAAACAUCUCUCUGAAGGAAAUGUGCAUGAUGAAGAUUUUGAUGAACAGAGGGAUAUUUCAGAAAUCAAUUUUGCUGAAGGCUUGGACCUCUUUCAAGGGGACAUCCUCCUAAGGAACUCCAGAAAUGGCCUGAGAGACCCUAACACCAGAUGGAAGUUCCCCAUCCCUUACAUUCUGGCUGACAAUUUGGGGCUGAACGCCAAAGGAGCCAUUCUUUACGCCUUUGAAAUGUUCCGCCUCAGGUCCUGCGUGGAUUUCAAGCCCUAUGAAGGAGAGAGCUCAUACAUCAUAUUUCAGAAGUUUUCUGGGUGCUGGUCUGAGGUUGGCGAUCAACACGUGGGACAGAACCUUUCCAUUGGCCAGGGGUGUGACUAUAAGGCCAUCAUUGAACAUGAGAUUCUCCACGCUUUGGGAUUUUACCAUGAGCAGUCAAGAACUGACCGGGAUGACUAUGUGAACAUCUGGUGGGAUGAAAUUCUUCCAGGUUUUGAGCACAACUUUAACACCUACGAUGACAGCUUCAUCACAGACCUCAACACGCCCUAUGACUACGAGUCUUUGAUGCACUAUGAGCCUUUCUCAUUUAACAAGAAUGAAAGCGCUCCUACCAUCACGGCCAAGAUCCCCGAGUUUAACACCAUCAUUGGGCAGCGCCUGGACUUCAGUGCCACUGAUUUGGAGAGGCUGAACCGAAUGUAUAAUUGCACCACAACUCACACCCUUUUGGACCACUGUGCUUUUGAGAAGGCAAACAUCUGUGGGAUGAUUCAGGGGACCAGAGAUGAUGCUGACUGGGUUCAUGAGGACAGUUCUCAGCCUGGACAAGUGGACCACACCUUGGUGGGACAAUGCACGGGUGCCGGCUACUUCAUGCACUUCAGCACCAGAUCAGGGGUGGCAGAAGAGGCAGCCCUGCUGGAGUCACGGAUUCUUUACCCAAAGAGGAAGCAGCAGUGCCUGCAAUUUUUCUAUAAAAUGACAGGAAGCCCUUCAGAUCGACUCGUCAUCUGGGUCAAGAGGGAUGACAGCACGGGCAACGUUCGCAAGCUGGUCAAGGUGCAGACCUUCAAAGGAGAUUUGGACCAAAAUUGGAAAAUUGCCCAUGUGACACUUAGAGAAGAAACGAAGUUUCGCUACCUUUUCCAGGGCUCCAAAGGUGACCCCCAGAACUCAAAUGGGGGAAUUUACCUAGAUGAUAUCACCCUGACGGAAACCCCAUGCCCCACAGGCGUUUGGACAGUACGGAAUUUCUCGCAGGUCCUUCAGAGCACAGUUAAAGGGGACAAGCUCCUGAGUCCUCGAUUCUACAAUUCAGAGGGAUAUGGUUUUGGGUUGACUUUGUACCCUCAUGGCAGAGCAAGCUACAGACCAUCUGGCUACUUAGGGGUUGCUUUUCACCUGUGCAGUGGGGAGAAUGAUGCUAUCCUGGAGUGGCCAGUGGAAAACAGACAGGUGAUAAUGACAAUACUCGACCAGGAACCCGAUGCCAGGAAUAGAAUGUCGUCAAGCAUGGUGUUCACUACCUCUAAGUCCCAGACAUCUUCAGCCAUAAAUGACUCCGUCAUCUGGGACAGGCCGUCCAUUGUGGGAUCCUAUCAUAAGGACUGUGAUUGUUUUAGAAGCAUCGACUGGGGCUGGAGUAAUUUUAUCUCCCACGAAAUGCUAAAAAGGAGGAGUUUCCUUAAAAAUGACGACCUUAUAAUUUUUGUGGACUUUGAAGAUAUAACCCACCUUCUCCAGACUGAAGUUCAAAUUGAAGACACAAGGCUGAUUCCCCAAGGCCUCGUUCUCCAGGGCCGGGAGCAGCAGACCUCAGAAGAAGGCACAGGAAAGGGCUUGUUAGAGAAAGCCCUACCCAGCAACCUGGACCAGGGGCAGCCCAGCCGACCGAAGCGGUCAGUGGAGAACACAGGCCCCUUGGAAGACCACAAUUGGCCCCAGUACUUCAGAGACCCAUGUGACCCAAACCCUUGCCAAAAUGAAGGCAUCUGUGUGAACGUGAAGGGGAUGGCGAGCUGCAGGUGCGUCUCCAGCCAAGCCUUCUUCUACACGGGGGACCGCUGUCAGGCCAUGCAGGUGCACGGCAGCCUCCUGGGCCUGAUGAUCGGAGGCACAGCCGGCGUGCUCUUCUUGACCUUCACCAUCAUCAACAUCCUGUCUCAGAAGCCAAGGCAGUGACACGCCUGUUGACAGCAGCCAGAUCACAGAAGCACCUUUCCUACUUCAGACCUUCCUUUCUGGGCCUCAGCACAGUUUGGGGCAAUUUUUAGCAGCCUCGCUUUGAAUAGGCCUCCAGCCUCCGGUGUGGCCAUAAUGGUUCUUCUGCCCCUGAUUCCCACAUGGUUCUGUGACCCUACCGUGCGCUCCGACGGGAUCUAGCGUGUCCUGGGACAGCAUCCACGACACUUCAGCGCGAAUCACUUAUUUAAUUGGCCGUCUUUCCCGUAGACUGUAAGCUCCAUGUGGGCAGGCCCUCAUUUAUCAUGUUAGCUCCAAUGCCUGGGGGCACACCUGGCUGGCACAUCAUGAGGACUCAAUAAAUACGAAUGAAUGAAAUACUAAUGAAUGGAGAGCUAAGUUAUAGAAACUCUCACUCCUACUGCAGAUAAAAUAGAUACAGUGAUACUUGUAUGUCAUUUAUAUUAAAAUCAAAUACUUAUUUUUCAUCAGACACCAUAGUACUCAAUACACAAUAGUACAUCAGACACAAUAGUGUCGUGGGUGAGAGGAACAUUCCUCCUUGCAGCAGACUUAAUGGCAUUUGCUUUCUUCCUCCUCUGAUUCUAAAAAUAGGUCUUUAAUAAAUUCAAUAAAUAUUGAGUUGGUA